AUGAGAAUUAUUUCAGUCAAACCUCCCGCCCGAUUUCGGAUUAUAAACAAAGCCGUGUGUGGUCUGUUAUUUGUUUUUCUGUAUCUGACAGAAAAGUGAUUUGCUAACUAGAAGUCAGAAGCAUAUAGUCGUGAUGGACUCUGUUCCUGUCAUUCGGAAAUUAGAUGAAGUUGUUAUAAAUCGAAUCGCUGCUGGAGAGGUUAUUCAGCGACCAGCCAAUGCCUUGAAGGAGAUGAUAGAAAACAGCUUGGAUGCCAAAUCUUCCAAUAUACAAGUGACAGUGAAAAACGGAGGCUUGAAACUUUUGCAGAUUCAAGACAAUGGUACCGGUAUCAGGCGCGACGAUCUAGAAAUAGUGUGUGAACGUUUCACAACAAGCAAGCUUACUAAAUUUGAUGAUUUGAGUAGUAUAUCAACAUACGGUUUUCGAGGAGAAGCGUUGUCCAGCAUAAGUCAUGUUGCCCAUCUCACUAUAACUACAAAAACUGCUAAUGAAAAAUGCGCUUACAAAGCAAGUUAUAUUGAUGGAAAAUUGAAAGGACCCCCUAAGCCCUGUGCUGGUACUCAAGGCACACAAAUUGCUGUGGAGGAUUUGUUCUACAAUGUUUCAACCAGAAGAAAAGCUUUGAAAAGCCCAGGAGAGGAGCAUUCUCGAAUUGCUGAUGUUGUCAGCCGCUAUGCAAUUCACAACUCCAAAGUUGGCUUUUCUCUGAAAAAGCAGGGUGAAACUCUGUCUGAUAUCCGCACUCUACCUAAUUCAACAGUUGUUGACAAUGUAAGGACCAUUUAUGGAAAUUCUAUUGCUAGGGAGCUUUUAGAAGUUUCUUCAGAAGAUGAAGUAUUAAAAUUCAAACUUCAAGGGUAUGUCACAAAUGUUAACUACUCAACUAAAAAAAUGGUCUUUCUCCUAUUUAUAAAUCAUCGUCUUGUUGAAUCAACUGCACUUAAGAAAACCCUGGAGCAAGUUUAUUCUGUUUACCUACCCAAAAACAGCCAUCCUUGGGUCUAUCUCAGCCUGGAGCUAGAUCCUCGAAAUGUUGAUGUUAAUGUUCAUCCCACCAAACAUGAAGUUCAUUUCUUACAUGAAGACAAAGUAGUAGAUCGUAUCAAAGCCGCCCUUGAAGAGAAACUCCUCGGAUGCAACACAUCUAGAGUCUUUUAUACUCAGGCCCGUCUUCCCGAUUCCAAUCCUACCUCUGCAUCACAGAAUGAGCAAUCCUCAUCAAAUGCACCCUCUGUUCUUCCUCAACACUUGGUGCGGACUGAUAGUUCUGCUCAAAAGCUAGAUAAGUUUUUUAAAAUUGAAACCAGCUCUGGUGAUGUAAAAAAAACAUGUCCUGGAUCCUCAAGUACUGACCAAAAUAUCACAGAAGAGAAUUCAGCCGAGUCAGUGUCAAAUUCAUCUGAAAACGAAAGACGAGAUAUUCAGCUUACCAGUGUUCUUCUUCUAAGGAAACAGAUUGAGUCAUCUGGUCACAAAGCCUUGUGUGACAUUUUCAGCAAAUUUACUUUUGUGGGAUGCAUCAAUCCCUCUCUUGCUUUAAUUCAGCAUGAGACUGUGCUUUAUUUGUGUGAUACAGCAGCUAUAUGUGAAGAACUCUUCUACCAAUUAAUGCUGUAUGAUUUUGGAAAUGUUGGUCUGUUGCGCUUCACUAGUGUUCUUUCUAUCUAUGAGUUGGCUAUAAUUGCUUUGGACUCUGAAGAGGCUGGAUGGACAGAAGCUGAUGGUUCCAAGGAUGAGCUUGCACAAACAGUAAAGGAUUUACUGUCAAGCAAAGCUGAAAUGCUUGAGGAUUACUUCUCCAUGGGAAUCGAUUCGGAUGGAAACCUUACUUCCAUUCCACUUUUACUAGAUAAUUUCAGUCCUCCAGCAGAAGGCCUUCCCAUGUUUGUUCUGAGAUUGGCCACAGAAGUGGAUUGGGAAACGGAAAAGGAGUGCUUGGACGGUGUGUGCCGAGAAAUAGCACGGUUUUACGCUCGCAUUUCUUCAGAUGCAGUAGCUUGUUCUAGCCUCACUCCUGAUUCUCUUGAUCAUCCAGAGCCUGAAGAAGGGCAAGACUGGAAGUGGGUAAUAGAACAUGCAAUUUAUGCAGCCCUGAGGAAAAAUUUCUUGCCUCCAAAAAUUUUUGCAGAAGAUGCUACUGUUCUUCAAAUAGCAAAAUUACCUGAUUUGUAUAAAGUGUUUGAAAGGUGUUAACACUUUCUGAUAGAACUAUAAUGUAAAUAGUGCAGUUGGGCAUGUAAAGGUUGCCAGUAAUAAUUGUGUCUUCAUUCAUUCAAGUGUCAACUCUUAAUGACUAAUUUUUUAAACAAAGUUUUAAUUGGUUUGCAAAACAUGCAACUGCAUAAGAAUUACGAGCAUAAAAGGCAAAAAUUAACUGUUCAAAGGAGACUCUGUAUCAUGUGUUUUAGACUAUAAUUUAUUUUACACAGCUUGCAAGAUGAUUUGCACCUCAGGCAAAUAAAAUCAGUUUAUGGGAACGUCA